AUGGCUACUCUACGAAAACGAAGACCUAGCAGAAAAGUCACAAAUACUGAUUUUGAGUAUGAAUUAGGUUCGUCGAGCGAACAAGAGAUCAACGCAAGCUCACAAAAUACUGUCGUGAGCGAACAAAAUGAUAGCGACUCAAGUUAUCGUGAAGGACAGGAAUUUUUUUCAGAAAUACAGCGGGAGCAAUAUAUAAAGUUAAGGGAAGAGAUAUUAUUCAAUCAAGAGUCGGAAAGUGAAAAGUUUAUACGAAAAUGGAAAACUACCGACCCGGGACUUUGUUGCGUUUGUCUAGAUGAAGAUGCAACAAAAGACAAUGUCCUUGUUUACUGUGAUGGCUCUGAAUGUGAUGUCGUCGUUCAUCAAGAAUGCUAUGGAAUUACGCUACUCCCAGAGAAGGAAGAUCCAUGGUAUUGUGAUCGUUGUAUUGCGUUGUCUUCGGAGAUAGUGAGCUGCGUUUUGUGUCCCAAUAAAAAUGGAGCUUUUCGAAAAAUAAAGACUACUUAUGAGGCCAAAGAACCAUCUGUUUGGGUUCACAUAUUAUGCGCCUUUUGGAUGCCGGGCAUGCAUAUUGGCACGGCUGCCAACUUGAGAGACAUUCAAGUUGUGAAUGUCGAUCCAAAGAACUGGGGUAAAAAAUGCCACGUCUGCAACAGUGAAGAAGGAGCGGCAAUACAUUGUGAUGCUGGACAGUGUAAGAAUUGGGUUCACGCAACCUGUGCUGUGGCCUUUGGGCUUACCGAAUACUACUGCAAACAUCAUGGGCCAAAUGAUCAUCCUCGACAAAACAAAAUCGAAAAAUGGAUACGAAAGCGGGACGAAUUCCUUGCUGACGAAUACUCCAAACUCUCGGAAGACCGUAUUACUAAAUUUCAGGACAGAGCGCCCGGUGAAAAUAUUCGAGAAAUUUUCCAAGACACGUAUGCUGAGUACACCUCACAACGAGAGUUACUAAUUACGGACUUUCGACGACGAAUCGUGCAGCAAUCAUCAAAACAUAAUUCCCUUAUUGACGCUAAGGAAAAGGCAGUGAAAAACGUUAAAGAUUUUCGGGCAAAAAUCCCUAUAGUGAAGAACGAACAUAAAGCAUUAAAAAGUUAUUUUGAUAAAGCAAGUGAGGCCGUCAUAUCUUUGAUCCCACAAAUGCGGGACAUUAAGUUCGAGACUAAUGACGAAGCAAUGAAACUCGAAACCUUAAUGGAAUCGAUUACGACAACGAAAAAUAUUCGUUGGACUAAAGAAGCAAAAAGGAACGCAAAAAACAUCAAAAUAAAUCAGCUCAGCACAGGCGAGGUUAAAUCCUUAAACAUCAAAAGUAUUAUUAUGGCAUUGGCCAGAGCGGCCAAAGAAGAAAAAGAAAAGGCCCGUCAAAAAGGGCGACGAAGUGGAUUCAAGGGUAGGGGCAGGCCCAAGGCACCAAAUAAAGUAAAAGAAAAAGAAAAGGCCGUAGGUCAAGAAGAAACUCCGGAAGGAGAUGAAGGUGAAGAACAACCAUCAACAAAGAGAACAACAAGAUCUCGGGUCGCAAGUGUUAAAGGAAAGUCAAAGCAAAUCGAAGAUGAAGGGAACACACAAAAAGGUAAUGUACCGGCGGACAAUAUCAACGCGCCAAAAUCACCAAAAGUUCGGUCAGAUGCAAAGAGAGGACCAAAAAGAAAGCGUGAAGAAGAAGCAACUUCUGAAGAUCUUACUCAAAAACAGUCAACAGAUAUUAAUACAGAAGAUCAGACUGAGUUAUCAAAGAAAAAGCGAGUCCAAAAUCUUUCUACGAAUGCUCAAUCUACCGAUAUGAUUGAAGGUCAAGUAAAUACUGAGACAUCAACCGUUUCAUCAAAGAAGAAUACCAGAAAAGGUAAAAGGAAACGAUCUUCAGAUGUUCCAUCUGACAAUGCCGUCGAAGGAACCUCUAGUAAUAAUGACAAUAAAAACGAUCAAGCGUUGGCAUCAGUUAAAUCUGACGAAGUUAUAGAAUCCAUUCCAGUAAAGAGACAAUAUAAGAGAACGAGAAAACCUGCCAAUAAAAAAAAGAGCGGACAAACAUCAAAAAAGGGUACUUCCAAUGAUCAAGAAGUUUCAUCUUCCGCCCAAGAUGAACAAACAUCAGAAACAGUUCAAUCAGUUCAAGAUAGUCCGUCCACAACAUCCAAUGAAAACAUGAACACGUGCGUUCCUAACGAGCCGGUCUUGGUAACUAGAGUUGAACCAAAGAUGGUCUUCAAAAGACGACGACGACGUAAAGUAGCUCCGGCUAGUCCUAAGCCAAAACCAAAACUUCGUCCUAUUGCACCAAAGGAAGGUUUCCCUGUUGUUCUCAAUAUCAAACAAAAGUGCUCCGAAAGUGAAGAUAUGGAAUAUACAACUAAUGAAGUUAUAGAAAGUACUCCAAACCCCUGUGAAAAUUUUAACAUUAGUACUAUAACACCUGAAUACAUUACCCAACAAGAAAGUAUCAGUAUAAUCAAUGAAGAAGUCUCCUUUAACAAAAGAAGCGGUGGACUUCUUGGUAUUAGCAAUUUACUAAAUCCUGUGGAAGACUCUCCUUCAAGCACUUCAACUAUCUAUGAAACUUCUGCUCAAACUUAUCUUUAUGAGGCAGCCAAUGCGAGUGUCACUAACCAAAGUUAUUUCGGUAGUAAUGAACGAUUGUAUCAGAAACCUGCUCCCAGUACUAACAUUGCAAUAACUCAAAGCAUUGGAUAUGGCAGUAUUACUGAUAACAGUGUGAAUACAACUUCUCUCCAGCAGAACUAUUUUAUGGCAGAAUCAAGCUCCAAACAAAUGGCAUUUGGAGUUCCAUUGACGACACACGCAAGCGUUAGUGAAAGUAGAUCAAAUACAUUUACAAAUUCAUUUGCUAACCAAGAACUUAAUAUACCUUAUUCGAAUCCUUUUAUUGCCACUGCCACAAAUUAUACGCCCUUUCAUUCAACAACUCAAAUGGACACAAGAACUUUUACAAGUUCAUAUGUACCAAUGAACCAAAAUGAUUCAAUUACGACGUUUACAAGUCCCUAUGAAGGCACCGGCGCAUUCAAUAAUGUAACAAGCAAUGUUCAAGCUCCAGCCGUGAACACUUCUAAUAUCAAUGGAUUAGAUGCACUUGUCACAGCGGCUGAAUUUGUUGAAAGAAUUCCUGGAUCUUCUGAACUUUCUCCAUUUGUACCAGAAGAUGUUGACGAAAUCCAGGAUAAAGCAACAACAGAAACUUCACAGGAUCAAUCUCAAAUUCACGAUGCACACGAGGACGUUUAUAAUGAAUCUUGUUCUAGUGUACAAGUUAAUUCCCAUUCAACUGUUUCACCAUCUUCAGAAAAAGAAGUUGUUAACCAUUACCAAUCGGAAAGCGCAGAUUUCUUAAAUUUUGCUGAUCCAAAUACACGCGCCAGUGAUAUGACGAUUGACAACGAAACACCUAGAUCUUCAGAAGAUCAUGAUGCUCAAAAUGUCGAAACUAUUGUUCCAUCAAAAGGUGAAGAUUCAAAGGAAGAACCAACUACAUUAACACAAGAUACACUGGAAGUGGCAGGUACUCCAGAUACGGUAGAUACUGCAGACACUGCAAAUAAUGAAGAACAGCUAAUGCCUGCACAAAACACAAAAUUGAGAAGGAAACGAGUGCCAGCUAUUGGUGGAACAAGGAAGAAAGCUGGACGAAAACCAAAAGCCAAGUCUGUAGAGGAAGAAGUUAUACAGCCUCGGACGCCUCCUAUACCACAACCAGAUUGUACAGUGUGCCAACUCUCAAGUCCGCCGGAAAACGAUCAACCUUCAGCAACCUAUAUCAAACCAAAUCGUGCAAGAGAAUCAAUGUUACAUAAAGGAAGAGAUAAAGUCAACCGAAUGGUUCGUUGUGGAUACUGUAGCAAAUGGUACCAUUUAGCCUGCAUGGUCCCUCCUAGGCGUACAAUGCCCACGGGUGGGUAUGUUUGGCGAUGUGCAGAGUGCGACCAUCCAUCUAGUGUCAAUUCCACGAGUGUUGAACCUUCUGGUCAUUCGGCCUCUGCAAGUUCCACCAAAAAGUGGAACUUAAGAUCUGCGACCAAAUAA